AAAGUAAUCUUUAAUACAAAUCUAAGCACACUCUUCCGAACAAUUUUAUUUUUUGUUUUUCAUCUUAUUAGCAUCCAAAUUCAAGUCUAAACUGAUGUUUUUUUUUUUUUAAAGAAAUUUCAUAAAAAUGAAUCUCUUUUCCACUCGCAAGCCGCUACGGAAGCUUUUGGAAUCUCUCAACCAAAUUAUAAAUCGAAACAAGGGCAUUUCUUGGUACUCAUCGAAGGUUACAGAAUCGUUCUCAAAACACGGAGUAGUACCAGAAAUCAUUCCAACAGCCCCCAAAGAACUCCUAAAAGUGACCUUUUCAUCUGGUGCUAGUGCAGAUGGUGGUAAUGAGCUCACCCCAACUCAAGUCAAGGAUCCACCUAAAAUCAACUUUCAAUGUGAUGCCAAUCAAUUCCAUGCACUUUGUUUAACAGAUCCGGAUUCUCCCAGCCGAGGGAGGCCAACCUUUCGUGAAUGGCAUCAUUGGUUGGUGGGAAAUAUUCCUGGAGAAGAUGUCAGCAAGGGUGAAGUUCUAUCCGCUUACAUAAGUCCUUGUCCACCGAGAACAUCAGGCAAACAUCGAUAUAUUUUCCUCGUCUAUAAACAAAGCAAAAAGCUUACAUUUGAUGAACCUCGUUUGGGUAAUACUCGAAGCAACAAUCGAGAGUGUUUUAGUGUGAAGAAAUUUGCUGAAAAAUACCAACUUGGUAAUCCCAUAGCAGGAAAUCUAUUCAUUGCGGAAUGGGAUGAAUAUGUUGAGAAAAUAUACGAAGAUUUAUCCAAGUUGUAACUUACUAGCUAUUCUUAUUUUUAAAUAAAGAGAUUAAAAUAAAACGAACGUUUUUUAUUUUAUAAAAACCAGUCAAAAAUUUUGUAAUUCUCUACAAGCAACGGGGGUAUAUUUUAAUAUAAAAAAGAACAUACAUUGUAUAAAUAUUAAAUAAUAAUAAUUAAUUAAACUUUCUAAAAAAAAAAACGUUCAACGCUGAACUUACUA